UUAAGAUUUUUAUCUCUAAGUUAAGACCAGUUCCUACCUAUACAAUCAGUGCAUACCUAUACAAUACUAUACGUGAGACAUCUUUUUAAUUACAUGCAUAUUUUGGAAGAAUAAAUCAAUAAUAACAAGAUGGCUGACGUAGUGGUUGAUCCAGAUUGCAAUGAUCCAAAAGAACUAUUUGGCCAAGGCGUAAGGGCGUGCAUAAUCCAGGACUAUGAAGCAGCUGUAUCAGCUCUAGGCAAAGCAUCAGAGCUUCUAGUAGCUGAACACAAAAACGACCUGCACGAAUCCCUAGGUGAGGUAUACCUUUACUAUGGAAAAGCAUUGUUAGGGUUAGCCAGAGACCAAAAUGAAGCCUUAGGAGAUGCUGUACCUAAAAAUUCCGCGGAUGAUUCUGAAGACGACGACGACGAAGAUGAUGAAGAUGUUAAAGAAUCUGAAGAAAAGACUGAAACUACUAAUGAUACGCCCGCUGAAAGCGGUGAUGCUCCUGAUGUAAAGGAGCAGAAUGGUGAGAAUGGUAUAACAGCUGAAGCAUCCAGUUCCAGCGAAAAUGGAAAACCUGGACCAUCUUCUGCGAACGAUGAGGAAACUACCGAAGAACAAAACGGUGAAGAAGAACCAAGCGAUUUGCAAGUUGCAUGGGAAGUUUUAGAACUGGCAAAGAAAAUAUUUGAAAAUAAAGAAGAUAAGAAAAGCCUAGCAGACACGUUAAUAGUACUGGGCGAGGUGUCAUUAGAAAGUGAAAACUUCGAAUCAGCCAUCAACGAUGUUAAAAAAGGUUUAGAAAUUCAAAAGGAACUGUUUCCGAAGGAUAGUCGAACUGUCGCUGAAUCUUUUUACAAAUUAGGCAUGGCUUAUUCAACUGAUUCACAGAUAGAUCAAGCCAUAGAAAAUUUUAAUAAUUCUUUAGAAUAUUUGAGGAAUAGGAUCAAAACAUUAGAAGAGAUUAAGCUUAUGACUCAGGAACAUAAAGAUGAAGUGGACGAGAUUAAAAGUCUUAUUCCGGACAUCGAGGACAAAAUUGCCGAUAUGAAUGUAUAUAAAGAAGAGGCCAUUAAAAAAAUAAGCGAAGCGUUCAAAGAACCUUCAAAACAAACUACUGAUGGUGCCGGUAGUUCAAAACAAGUUAGCGAUAUUUCACAUUUAGUAAAAAGGAAGAGAAAGAUUGAAGAAACCGAUCCUGAACAAAAUGUGGAUAAUCCUAAUAAAAAAGCUGCAUAAAACCUACGAAUAUUUAUACCUUUCUAAUGUCAUUUUAGUGUAAGUGUUCUGAUGAAUGUUUACUUGUGUUUCUAAUUGAAUUUAUUUAAAAUGAGUAUUUAUUUAUACUACACUUUAUAAUUAAAUAUUUUUUAAGAGAAUAAAAACAACAGUACAGUUUUA